UCUUUGGAUGUCAUUCUAUAUACUCAAGCAACUUGCAACUAUGACGUCUAUAGACGAGACCGUGCCGUUCACAUCAAACAUGUCGGCUCAUUGGCUGAUAGAGAGACCAGGCCUGACGUCUCAUGCUUGGCACGUCAUCGUCUGGUUCGUCAUGUUUGUUGGAAUCGUCGGUAACGUUUUCGUCUUUCUGUGGCGAUGCAUGAGAAAGGAUUCGCGCCGUCGAGUCAUCUCACUUGUCAUAUGCAGCCUAGCAUUGGCAGAUCUUCUUUGGUACUGUCGUCAGCUCUUGCAAGAAGUGAUCAUUCUCUACCCGAUCUUUGUAGCCGAUGAAAAUCAAGGAUUCGAGUUUAGCGAAAGAGAUAGACGACUAUGUCUCAGUAGCACGUUUAUUGGAUACGUUUCUUGCAACGCUAUUAUGCUGUCGGUCCUCGCCAUCGGUCUGCACUGCUACAUGACACUCAGAGGAAGCCGUUUUCGAAACAAGUUCAUUGUACUUUUGGUUUUAGUUGCCUGGAUUGUUUCGAUUGGCGUUGCAACGUCGGCAGUUCGAGAGUCAGCGAUGCAUCUGCUGCCUUCCGAUGAUGUCACUAAGUCGCCAAUAAGGUUUGACCGAGGUGCUUACUCGUUGAUAAUAAUGAUCGGAUGUCUGGAACCGUUUACUGAGGAAAGGAUGACAAUGUAUCCUAUCGUUGUUUCUUCUAUCAAUGCUUUGUGUUCUAUUAUAUGUGCCGUGGUGUAUAUUUGCUUCUGGCUAAAGAUUAGGAAGAGUGAUUUCGACCCUAGAAACAGCGGGUGCCAGGAGUUGAAGGGUCUGCAAAUCCGUUUGACAAUCAUUUCAGCAAUAAGCUUGAUUUGCUGGUGGCCGUCUUUUAUUCUUUAUUUGACUUACUACUUUCAAAAGAAAUUGUUGCUUAGUGACCCUCCUCCUCUUCCAGCUGUAGAGAUAAUUUUGUUGUUGACUGCUGUCGUCAGUGCCGUUAACCCCUUUGUUUACACUAUUGCUUCUAAGACCGUUUUAAAGAGAACAGGUUUUCUUUGCUCAUUUAACUUCUGUCGCCGUCGAAACGACAAAGAAACCAUUAAAGUCUAUUUUCCAAGAUACGAUUUUAAGAAAAGGCGUUUUUGGAAAUGUCGCCGGUUUUGCAAAAGGUGUUGCUGUGGAUCCUUUCACUUCUCGACUGCCGUCUCUGAUGAUAACGUUGAGGAGAUUCGACUGCCGUUGUUAGACGACUCUGAAAUCACGGAAGAAACAAAACUGUUUUCUGAGACUUGUCGUAACUCUGAACUGCAAGAAAGGGACUGAAUGCUAUAC